GCUGGCCCAGUUGUGUUUUGACAUCAGACAAAAACGCUUUUACAAAAGAAAGGGAGUACGGAAUACUUCCCAAACCUAAUUUGUAUCAUGAUAGUGAUUUUCGAAAAAUUGUUGUUGUUUUCAGUGUUAGGCACUGUGGUUCUUGCCCACCCGGGAAAGCUAAAAGAGCCUAAAUUUGAAUUUCAACAGAUUGCGCAAGCUUUUGAAAGUCGCGAAAAAAUGGUAUCGCCGAUCCAUGAAAGUGAUUCAGAAACGGCCAAGGUUGUUCCAGUUCAAUUUGAAGGAAUGCCAUGGUCACAAAGCCAUCCACACGAGGUAAACGCUUUAGCAGAAAUGUUUCGACAGCAUUUCAAUGAUAAAGUAGAACUGCAUAAUGAGAUGAUGGCACAUCACCAUCAACUUGAUACUGAGAAUGUAUUUGAACCAGUGACGUUGAUGUUCUAUGAUUUCCACAACGAAGAUAUGAGAAACAAUUUCUUUGGGUCGAAUCAACAGUUUGCAGAUGAUCUAGCUAAUCAGUUUUCGCUUCAAUUGAUACAGUUUCUUCAUCAAGGACUUAUAACACAAAAAGACAUACAUAAUUCGGAUUUUUUUCAAGUACAAGCUGCUGGUGAGUUGGAGCGAAUCCAAAUUGAGCAAGCACAUUUUGAACCCGAAGAUUAUGGUAACGAUGAACAACAACAUCAACUCAACUUCAUACCGGAUGAUCAGCAGCAACAAUAUCAAGAAUUCCAUCAUCCAGAAAGAGAAAUCAUGGGCAACGAAAAAACCGCUCUCGUUUUUAAUCCUCACACGGGAUUUUAUGAAGAAGUUAACACUGAAUCCGAGGCUACAGAUAUGAUUCAAUCUGCUAAAGUUGUUUCUGAACAAUCUAUUACCGGUGAAAACAGCAAUCGUCUUAGAACUUUCAAUGUAGAUCGUGAGAUCGACCAUAUUGAAGUCCAUAAGCCAGCAUGGAUCGAAUAUCCUAGAGAAAUCCAAAAGAAAUUAACAGAACCAAGUACAACCACAAUGUCUCCUAGCGAUAACUUUUAUGCAAGCACAUACGAUCAACAGCCGAUUUACGAUAGAAAUUCGUUAAUGAAAUUGUCGAGAGAAACAUCCUUUGGCAACAAUAAUGUUAUGCCUUUAGUGCGCAAAAAGCCAAAACCUACUUUUACCACAAUAACAUCAACGACUACAAAAAAACCUACAAAAGUGAGCAAUGUCAUGUCUAUGUUGGAGCAUAAAAAAGACACUUUCAAUGCUACCGCUGUGAUGGAGAAGCUUAAACAUGAAAUGCAGAAGCAUCGAGAUAUGGAAGAAAAUGCUACAGAAACACACUUCAUGGGAUUGAGCAGUAACAAAGACCAGGAGAAGAUAUCCUAUUCAAUAGUAGACAACGCAGCGAAGAAUAUUCGGGAUUCUCAGUCAAGCUUCGAAGAGGAUUCUACCGAUGAAAAUGUUACCUUAUUGGACGAUCUGGAGAAAACAACUAUGCCGAUUACAACAAUUUCUCAAAAUGCCAAUGCAUUAUAUUCUGCUCCUUUAGCGCCGUACCCGGAGCAAUAUCAGUUGCUUCUUCAAGAUGUACAAAACGAACAGAUUCCCAACAACCAGUUUGACCAGUUUCACAUGGACCAGCAACAAGAAACAAUUCACCCGGAUGACAUUAUAGAUAUUAAUCAAAUUGAAGAAAUACAAGAACACAUCAGUGGAUCCGAACAACAGCAAAAACAAGAGCACUCGGCAAAGACCGUGGAAACUAUUUCAACCUCUACACCAAAAUCAAAGCCAUGGUGGAAAGUGUUUGGUUAGAUGUUAAUCAUUGAGAAAUAAAUAGUUGUAAGAAAUUUGGUUAUACAUUCUUAAGUAAUUUAAGUAAUACACAUCCCUAAUCGUCUUUAAUAGGCCUCCAAA